AAUGGCCGCAGUAAGUAAACCGUUCGAAACGAACGGAGAUUCAAAAGAAGUUAUUUUGGGUAAAAAAAUUGUUGAAUUAAAAAAACGAUUGGUCUUGUCGGAGGGUCAAAAAAAGGCGACACACGAAGAAUGGGAUGGAAAAGAGAAAAAAAGCGUGGAUACGAUUACCGAAUUGAAAAAACACAUAAGAGAGCUGACUACACGUUUGAUUAACCACAUAAAUGUGACCGAUGGAAAAUAUUCGGAUGAUCCAUGUGCAGCCAUUCGAACCGUAACAUACCCCAUUGGCGUUGAUUCGGCACACAAAGCGCUCGAAGUAUAUGACAUACAGAUAAUCAAUAAAACUAAGAAGUAUGAUUUACUUGAGGCUGAAUUCAUUCGACAAAAAGAAGAAUACCAUAAACGACAACGACAUAAGGCCGAAUUGAUAGCCAUUCGUAAGGCGGAAAGUGGUGACCAAGCCAAUCAACAUAAAACCAAAUCAAAGUCAAAUCGACAAAAUCAAUUUCGAACAAACCAUGCUCCGCUCACAAUCGAAGAGGAUGAAAAUCGUAAAUUAAUCGUUCAUUUGGAAAAUGAAAUCAUUCGAAUUAACAUGCAAUGGUCGCAAGCCGAACAUAUUCGUAAAAAGUACAAAUCGAUACAGGCGUCGUUGAUGACCGACGCUGAAAAAUUUGAAAAAAGUUUAAUCGAAUUGGAGGAAGCGCUGCGACAACAAAAUGUUGAUAUUGAAAAAAUGAAGGAAGUGAAUCGUGAAGCACUACAUAUGAGAGAUGCCACAAAAAUCAUCUGCGUUAGGCAAGAGCACAGCGCACAGACAUCCACGAAGGCACGACAAAAAAUGGCAAUCGAUUUUCGGCAACAAGUGGAAGACCAUAAAAUUGAAUUAGAACGACUCGAACGGAAAUUACUGACAACAACCAAGACUAUUAUGCAACAGGGCAGCACUGAAUCGUUAAAUGAAGUCCCAUUAUCGGAUAAAUUGGAAAGUGCGCGAGGAUCUGGUGAUAUUGUAAAUGAAUUGGAAGGUCGAUUGAAAGUUUUAAUGCAAACAACCGGAGCAACGAGUCCAUCCGACCUUUUGGAACGAUUCACCGCUCAAAAGGAAGCAAUGCAACGUCUCAAUUAUUUGCGUACCGUUACUGAAUCCGAAAAGAAACAUCUUGAACAACAAAGAGACGGACUUUCAUCGCAAUUGGAGCAGCUUAAAUUUUCCGAUACAAAAGAAAAUGAAGUAAAUCAAGAAUAUUUAGAAGAAUUGAAGAAAAAUAUUGCUGAAAAACAAGCCAAAGAGAAUGAACAUUUGCAAGCGUCAAAACGCACAAAUGCCGUGCUUAGCUCAAUCAAACAAACAAUAAUUGAUUUGAUACAUAAAUUGGAAGAAGUUUAUGUUACAACAACAGCCUCGGUCGAUAUUGAGGCUAACGAAUAUACGCCAAACAAUACAUUGUUGCAAAUGCUCGAAGAGAAGCUUAAAAAUGGUCUGAAAAUGAUUGGCGAGUAUAUUGGUGAUGACGAUAGUGGCCUUGAUGUUGACACUGAAGCACUCGAAAUGGAAGGAACAGAGACCAUUGAUCCAGAGAAAUUGUGCUUCAAUUUGAAGUUGCCUGAGCUUCUAGUUCCAUUUAUAUCAUCAACAAUGGCAACACCGCGUUCGGCCCGUUCGCAUUGCGAAAAAACAACAUCUGGUCAUGAAAAUGAUUUGGAAAAAUCAACACCAUAUCCAAUGUGCUAUGCAAAUCUAUUGGCGGGACGUUCGACUGGUAUAUCGACAUCAACAUCACCCGGCCAAACAGCUCAACCAGCUGUUUCCGAUGAUGAAGCAGAAGUUCCAUCGCGCGGUUUAAUCAAGCGACAAGCAUUGAUAUUGGUUGAUUCGAAAGCAAGACGAAAAGGUUAUCGUGCACCACCGAAACGAAAAUAAAUGAAAAAGCGCUCAACUGCCAUUAACA